AUGAAACGGGACGUGCGCAUCCUGUUGCUGGGAGAGGCCCAGGUGGGGAAGACGUCCCUGAUCUUGUCGCUGGUGGGCGAGGAAUUUCCCGAGGAGGUCCCUCCCCGCGCGGAAGAAAUCACGAUUCCUGCAGAUGUCACCCCCGAGAAAGUGCCCACUCACAUCGUGGACUACUCAGAAGCAGAGCAGACGGCGGAGGAACUCCAGGAUGAGAUCCACAAGGCAAACGUGGUGUGUGUGGUAUAUGAUGUCACUGAGGAGACCACCAUUGAGAAGAUCAGAACCAAGUGGAUCCCGCUGGUGAAUGGGAGGUCCAACCGGGAACCCAGGGUCCCCAUCAUUCUGGUGGGCAACAAGUCAGAUCUGCGGCCAGGGGGCUCCAUGGAGGCUGUGCUGCCCAUCAUGACUCAGUUUCCUGAGAUUGAAACUUGCGUGGAGUGCUCGGCCAAGAAUCUCAGGAACAUCUCGGAGCUGUUCUACUACGCCCAGAAGGCCGUGCUGCACCCUACAGCCCCACUCUACGACCCCUUAGCCAAGCAGUUGCGGCCUGCAUGCGUCCAGGCUCUCACACGGAUCUUCCGACUGUCGGACCGGGACCUAGACCAGACCCUCAGUGAUGAGGAGCUCAAUGCCUUCCAGAAGUCCUGCUUCGGGCACCCCCUGGCCCCACAGGCCCUGGAGGAUGUAAAGAUGGUGGUGAGCAAGAACGUGGCAGGCGGCGUGCAGGACAACCGGCUGACGUUAGAUGGCUUCCUGUUCUUGAACACACUGUUCAUCCAGCGUGGUCGCCACGAGACAACCUGGGCCAUCCUUCGGCGCUUUGGCUACGGUGACACACUGGAACUCACAGACGACUAUCUCUUCCCCCCGCUCCUGGUGCCUCCAGGCUGCACUGCUGAGCUCAAUCACUUGGGCUACCAGUUCCUGCAGAGGGUGUUUGAGAAGCAUGACCAGGACCACGAUGGUGUGCUGUCGUCCUCGGAGCUCCAGAGCCUCUUUAGUGUGUUUCCAGCGGCCCCCUGGGGCCCUGAGCUGUCUCAUGUGGUGUGCACUGCACCUGGUGGCCGGCUCCCUCUGCGUGGCUUCCUCUGCCGCUGGACCCUGGAGACCUACCUGGAUGUCCGGUGCUGCCUUAGCCACCUCGGCUACCUGGGCUAUCCCGUUCUUUCUGAGCAGGCCUCCCAGGUCCACGCUAUCACAGUCACCCGUGAGAAGAGGCUGGACCAAGAGAAGGGGCAGACACAGAGACACGUUCUUCUGGGCGAGGUGGUGGGGGCGCAUGGAGUGGGCAAAUCUGCCUUCCUGCGAGCCUUCCUCGGCUGGAGCCUGGGGCACCAGGAGUCCCCUGCGGAGCCGUGUGAGCACGCCAUCAACACAGUGCACGUGAACGGGCAGGAGAAAUACCUGAUACUGCGUGAGGUGAGCGCAGACAGCCUGCUGGACGCCCCUGUGGACACCACCUGCGACGUGGCCUGUCUCCUGUUCAACAGCAGUGACCCCACGUCUUUCGAGUUCUGCGCCAGGGUCUACAAGCACCGUUACCUGGAUGGGCAGACCCCCUGCCUCUUUGUCUCCUCCAAGGCCGACCUGCCUGAGGGCAUGGUGCUCCCUGACACGUCCCCAGCCGAGUUCUGCCGUAGACACCGGCUGCCUGCCCCCACUCCGUUCUCCUGUGCUGGCUCAGCUGUACCCAACGCUGCCAUCUUCAGCCGGCUGGCCACCAUGGCCACUUUCCCGCACCUGGUCCACGUGGAGCUUCAUAAUACCUCCUGGCUCCGGAUGCUGUUGAGGGCUGCGGGGGCUGCCCUGGUGGCUGUCCUCAGCCUGUCCCUGUACAGGGCCCUGGUGAGGAGCCGAUGA